AUGCUGAGGUGGUCGUCUAUAAACGACUUUGAGGUGGUGGUGGAGAUUUGGACCUUUGUGUCAAAGGGGAGGGGGUUCAGAAACCCACUAUUCAUGAAUGGAUUUGGGGAUACAUUUUGGGCCCCAGCAGUUGCCGUUUCUGUAUCAUGUAAGAUGAGUGUUCAACGUUUUCCUUUCGAUGCGCACUCUUGUUCUGUAAAGUUUGUGUCAAUGUUGCACGAUGCAGAUGAGGUGGUAUUUGAACCUGAGGAAGAAACAGUGAAUACUGAUCUCUUUGCUGAGAAUGGGGAAUUCGAGCUAACCAGCACAAGAAUCAAGAAAUACAUUGAUUUUAAGAUGGAUGGUUUAACUCUCAGCGGCUUCCAAAUUGACUUUAACUUUACUCGCAGACCAACGGUCACAGUAAUGACGGUCAUAGUACCAGUUGCAUUUGUGUCAUCUAUAUCAAUUGCACACUUUGUUAUCCCCGGAUCGUAUCUGGAAAAAAUCGCUUUUGGCAUGACUGUUCUUCUUGGUAUUUUUGUUAAUAUACAAAAUAUAGCCAGUUUCCUCCCCAAGACAGAACCUUUGCCAAUAUUGACGUUGUUAAUAUUCAGCCUCAUGUGCCUCACGACAGUGACUCUUCUUUAUGCCAUAGCCAUUGCUUGCUUCAAGGAUAGGGCCGAGAAAGAGAAAGAAAAGCAAAAAAUACAACAUUGUGCGAAGUGCGAAGAGAUGAAAGAUUUAAAAGAAGGAAAAGGCGUUUCAGCAGAAAAAGCUGUGGUAGAAAAGGCCUCAGAUGAUAACAUUGAAGAAGUCCCAUGCUCUGACGACGCUACCAAUGUUGUUAAUAUGCCAAUGCAGAAAAGGCCAUCGAUGAAAAACUAUGACCUUUUUGGAAAAUAA